AUGUGGAGCGGCCAAUUUAAGGACUGUGCUAUCGCCGAACGUGCCUGCUUAUCGCCGUGUGGCUCGGCCGCAGCCAACGUUGACUUCAUCCGGGACUCACCCCGACAACUCCCCUUCCUAGAGUGUUACCUCUCUCCUGAUUGCACUGCAUACGGCGCGCUCGGUCUACUUACCAUGCUCCGUCAACCUCUCCUCGCCCUGCGCACCGCGCACCCACCCGUAUCAGGACGAUCACACCCACCGGCGCACCUCCAUACCCUUUCACGCUCAGUCCGAAACCCGCCUCAAAACCCUCUACGAUGGAAACCUACCCUGAAAUUCCACCAAACACCCCUACGACCCCAUCUUCAACAUUCAACACUACCAUACGCUCGCCACCCCUUCAGCACAACCCACCCCUGCGCGCGCAACACCUACAACCGCUUCAACCCGUCGUCCGGCCGAGCAAGCCUAUUCCAUACCCUCCUCGCCCGCUCAAAACCCCACCACUUCGUCCUCAUCGGCCUCGGUCUCUCUGGCUUGUACCUUUACAACACAGACGUAGUUGAGAUGACCGGCCGGCGGCGCUUCAACUGCGUCUCGCACGCCGCAGAGCUGAAAAUGGGCGCGCAGAGUUACCGGGAGGUGCUAGCCCAGUCGCGCGGCCGCGUGCUGCCUGAUGAUCAUCCACUGGCGCAGAUGGUGGAUCGGGUAUUAAGGAGGCUGAUCCCACAGGCGCCGAUUGAAGGCGCCGAUUGGAGGGUGCAUGUUAUUAUGGAUGACGGGAAUGCGAAUGCUUUUGUGCUUCCUGGUGGAAAAGUUUUCGUGUACACGGGCAUCCUGCCCAUAUGCGAGGACGAGGAUGGCCUUGCCGCAGUGCUGGGUCAUGAGAUUGCGCACGUUGUGGCGCGGCAUCCGGCCGAGCGGAUGAGUACGAGUAUUUUGACGCUGGGCACGGUGUUCCUUAUCUCGUUGCUGUUUGACGUGUCUGGGCAGCUGUCGAGCAUGCUGGUAAAUCUUAUGUGGAGUUUGCCGAAUUCGCGGACGCAGGAGGCUGAGGCAGAUAAUAUUGGACUGAUGAUGAUGGCUAAGGCUUGCUUCAAUCCUGAGGCUGCUGUCAAACUAUGGCACCGGAUGCAACAACGGGAGAAAUCUGCUCCGCCGCAAUUCAUGUCCACCCACCCUUCAAGUUAUAAUCGCGAGGAAGCUAUUCGAGGAUGGCUCGAUAAAGCCGAGACUAUCUACGCAGAUAGUGGAUGCAGUACUUUUGGGCAAUACAUGCCUAGCUUUAAGAAAGCGUAUCGCUCGCAGAGCUCAUAUGGCUGGUGA